CACAGCCCACGGCCCUUGGGGGUGCCGGGCACCCCGCAGCCUCAUCCGCAGGGAGACAGCGUUUGCCUGCAGGCCGGAAUCGGGGUGAUUUCCCCCCAGAACAGCGCUCCGGGCUGCGGCAGGUGGGCCACCCCCCCUCCGCACGCUCAGCGCCUCCGCCACCGCCUCGGUCCCUCCCCAGCCGUCCCUCCAUCCCAUCUGUCCGUCCCCACGCGGGUGGGGGCCGCUGACUCAUCUGCCCACGCCCCCCCCCCCCCCCCACGGCGGGCGCUGCGAGGGGCUGCAUUGCAGACCCGGGUGCGCCAACAGACAAAAGCGACGCCGCAGCGCAGAGGUUGCGGAGGCACAAAGAGAAGCAGCGGCCUGCAGCCCACCGCCCUCCGCAGCCCGACAAUGCUGGACACCAUCAGCAGCCAGUACGACUCCUUCAUCUACUGGAGGAUGCCCAUCCCGCGGCUGGAGCUGGCGGAGCUGGAGGGGCUGGGGCUGGGCCAGGGGUCCCUGUACGCACCCCGCACCAAGCUGCCAGAGGCAGCCCAGGAGCCCGGCCCCGCGGAGGAGGACAGCCUGCUGCCCUUCAGCAGCUUCAACUUCUGGAGAGCGCCCAUCGCCAGCAUCAGCUCCUUCGACUUCGACCUCAUCUGACGCCCUCCUCCCUGCUCCCCCAUUGCCAGGCACGCCAGGGUUUGGUUUUGUUGGUUCUGUACAGUGUCAGGUGUUUGGUUUUGCUUUUUUUUUUUUUUUUUUA